AUGAUUGGGUCGCUUAUCCAGCGACGGCCUAGAUUAUCAUUCCAAUCGCUUCGAACAUUUUCGCGUGUUGCAGAACCUCGGCUGCAAAAGUCAUCGCGUUUCGCAAAGUAUGCUCGAAGAACCGGCUACCUUUGCGUCGGACUGGGAACAGUAUGGGCAGUUGACAAGACAUACAACGCCUCUUCGAUAAUCCGUAACCUUAGAACACUCUGGACCUGCGCCGCCAUUACCUGGGAUUAUAAAUGGAAUUUCACACCAGAAAAGACUGAACUUAUACCCGAGCUUCAUGAGCGCGUUGCGGAACGCAUGUAUAACUUAUUGACCUCGAACGGUGGCUUAUACAUCAAGAUCGGGCAGGCAAUCGGAGCAAAUGCAGCGUUACUCCCGAAACCUAUGCAAAUCAAAUUUGCUAGUCUAUUUGAUGACGCCCCGCAAAUCCCAUAUUCUAUUGUCCACGACGUUAUUGUGUCAGAACUUGGUCGCCCACCAAGCGGACCCGGCGGGGUUUUCGAAAAUUUCGAAGAAAAGGCUGUAGCAAGUGCUAGUGUCGCGCAGGUGCACAAGGCAAAACUAUGGCCGCGGAUCGGGCCCGACGGAAAGGAAGAGAAGGAGGAACGAUGGGUGGCGGUCAAGAUUCAAAAGCCGGAUGUGAGUAAACAGAUGGAAUGGGAUCUAGGCGCCUACCGGAUGGUAAUGUGGAUGUUUGAACACUGGGCAUUUGACUUGCCAGUAUACUUUGUUGUCGAUUUUAUCUCGGACCACCUGCGACAAGAAUUGGACUUUAUCCGUGAAGUAGACAACGCUCGACAGACGGCAGAGUUUGUUUCCAAGGAAGCCAGACUCCGAGAUCGAGUCCAUAUUCCUGUGGUCUACCCGGAGUAUUCUACGAAGAAAGUUAUGGUCGCGGAGUGGAUCGACGGUGUGCGGCUGAGCGAUAAAGCGGGAAUAUACCGCCUAAUGGGCGAGCACGAUCCAAACCUCAAUCAAGUCGGCAUGUCAGCGGACCCUCUCUCGGCAUCAGCGCUCGUCGCAUCAUCACCUUCGUCAACUCAGUCUUCCUUCAUCUUCCCGGACAAACCUCUAAAAGGCGGCGUGCAGUCUAUCAUGCAGACCAUGGUCGAGCUGUUCUCGGCCCAGAUGUUCGACUGGGGCUGGGUGCAUUGUGAUCCGCACCCCGGAAACGUCCUAGUCCGGCCUUCUCCCUCUGACCCUCGACGCGCGCAGUUAGUCCUCAUCGAUCAUGGACUCUACGUUCGCGUUCCAGAAGACUUCAAACGAAAUUGGGUGCAAUUGUGGAGAUCAAUGCUAGCUGGGGAUUACAAGGGCGUGGAAGAGGUGACAACGAGCUGGGGGAUGGGUCUUCCGGACCUGGUGGCGAGCUUCACCUUGAUGAAGCCUGUCAUUCUGACCAAGGGGAGGAAGAAGAAGGAACAGAAGGAGGGCGAAGUGAGGAAGGACUUGACGCAGUACGAAAUGAGCGUCAGAAUGAAGCGGAAGCUGAAGGAAUUUCUGACGGACACAGAUCGGAUGCCAAAAGUUUUGAUUUUCUUGACGAGGAAUAUGCGUAUGGUCCAAGGAAACAACCAAUCAUUUGGCUCACCUGUGAAUCGUAUUAAAAUCACAGGCUUCUGGGCAUCCCGGUCUCAGAUUGGGAAUUCAAACUUGACUAUUGGAGAGCGCGUCAAGGAGUGGUGGCAUGACCUUGUCUUCCGCGUUGUGAUGCUUACCCUGGACUUUUCGUUCUGGAAAAGCCGCUUCUUGAGGUGGUUCAGGAAUCUGCGAGUCAAAUUUCAUCUAGGGGGUGGGGUUUCUCGUAGCGGUGGUUUUGAGGAUGAGUUAGAACGGACUAUGAGGGAUUUCGCAAAGGAUAAUUUGGGCAUUAAUGUCGGGGAGGGCGCGUUUGCUGGUUGAUAGAAAUGUAAGAAGUACUUUACAAUUUUGAUAGUAACAUACUGUAAUUCUGCUGAACUAAUUGAAUACCGCUUGCAACUCA